AGAGAGAGAGAGAGAGAGAGAAAGAAAGAAGAAGAGCUCCGGAACCUCCCAGAAGAUCAGUUUUAACCAUCGUCGAGCUCGAAUUCUAGGGUUUCUAGUGCUGAAUCGAGCUUCGUGCCGGUGGGAUUUUCGCCGGCUCGGCGGCGUCGGAUCCCUCGUUUCGGCGGAGGGACUGGAGCUUUGAGAAAAGUGCGUGCGGAGAGAGGAAUUUGGCCAAAAAAUAUGAAAUUGGAUCGUCCAGCUAAAUUUGUAUUCGGUGGCGGGUAAAAGAUCUCAAAGGAAUGUCAGACUUGUGCAUCUAUGAGCUUCAAGACAAUGUGUGGGAUGAAUUUGGUGAGAGUGAUGACCAUAUAGUACCCCAUCCUGCUGAUGAAGCCAAGGAUCAGUGUCUAGUUCAGAGUGAUAGCCGCAAGAAACUCCGUCUUCAAGUAACUGGGAUCACUAGUAAUGCUGACAGCGGGGCUAACUCUGUUGUUUUGGGAAGGAAAGAAACAAAUCCAGAGACUCUGACCAAGAAGGAGAAAAUGCUGGAAAAGGAUGCAUGGUCUCACACACCUGAUGGCAUGUUUCCUGCUUCAUGUGAUAACCUGUCUUCAAAAGAAGUUAGAAAUGUGGCAUCUGAUGAUUCAAGAAUGUCUGCACACUGUUUCAAAGGCAGCGCCGAUGGUGUUUUUUGUGCUGAUGAUCAUGUUAUUGAUGAGAGAUGUGCAGCAGUCGACAAUAACAUGUACAGUUAUUCUCUCAACCAUAUUUCUCCAACAGAGACUAAUCUCAACUUUUUCAAUCAUGAAGACAAAGAAAGCAAUGAUCUAUACUACGGAUGGCCUGAUAUAGGGAAUUUUGAAGAUGUUGACAAAAUGUUCAGGAGCUGUGAUUCCACAUUUGGAGUUGGAAGUCUGAGUAACGAUGAUGAUUUGGGCUGGUUCUCAAUCUCUGAGGCUAUUGAAGGAUCUGAAGAUGCUAUAAAAUCCGAGUUCGAAUUUUCAUGCUCAGAUUCGAAAGUAGUUAACAGAGCAUCAGAAACUCGUGGGAAUUCUUUGCCACAUGGCUAUGCCCUUUCACACAAUGAUACCAAGAAGAAAAGUGCAACCAUGUGUGACAAUUUAAGCAUGCAGGUUAACGGUUCCGGUGAAACUGGUGCUCUUGGUCACACAUCAUCUAUGAAUGGGUCAGGUGCACAAUCUGAAAGUAAGGAAGACUCGAUGAGUGAAAAAGAGAUGAAUAAGCACAAAAAGCAGUCAAACCUUCAAAAGCAAUCAGAAUUAAAAAGGAAAGACAGAUACCUAGAAAAUGGUGGUUCUUUCGGACAUCAUAGUCUCCUAGAUCAAUUUCCUCAUGUGGAAGUUCCCUUUUCUGACUCAUCCAACCAGAUGCAUAAUGAAUACAUGCACUCGGGCUACUUUCAUCAUGUUAACCAAGUCUCAGGAUGCUCAACUUUAUCUAGUGUAAAGUCUGAUGACCAGCUAUCUCCUACUCCAAAGGAAUCUUCUUAUUCGUCAAAUCAGGUCUCUUUGGCUAGGAACUUUAAUCCCGCGGAUGUGACAAGUCCAAAUGCAUCAAUCUGUGACCCAGAUGCUGUUCUGAAAAGUCUGCAUCCAAAUGAAAAUGGAAUAGAAAGUCACAGUAAUGGUGAAGUCAGCCUAGCUGUACCAGCAGAUAUGGACUCUUCCCUGGUGCAAGAAAGCUCUUGCAUGAGCUCUGCAUUGGAUGAAAUUUCAUUAGAAGCAGCCAGCUUUCGUCAACUUCAACGAGUCAUGGAGCAGUUGGAUAUCAAGACGAAGCUUUGCAUAAGGGAUAGUCUGUACCGGUUAGCAAGGAGUGCUGAACAGAGGCAUAAUGGUGUGAUUCCUAUCAUUGAUAGCAAAAAUGAUGGGGCUCAUAGUGGAGUAAUGACUGCUGAAGAAACAAACAAGUGUAGUGGGUUUAUGGAUAUGGAAACUGACACUAAUCCGAUAGAUCGUUCUGUGGCGCAUUUAUUGUUUCACCGACCCUCGGAUCCGUCUGUAUUGCCAGGUAGCAAUGCUUCCUCUUCCAAGUCCCACGUCAUGAUUCAUAGGUCUGUCACCAGUCCACCUGUAAAGAAUGAGAGAGACACUGGACAAGAGGAAGCUGUCGCCGAUGCGGAAAAUGUGUCCUAGGACUGACGCGGAUCAUGAAGAGGUUUGGCCAUUGUACAACAUGUACCUAUUUUUGGGUGAAUUUCCACACGAUCGCUGUAUAAACAGUACCUGAGGAAUCGGGAUCUUACUGCAUACCCUCUGGGUGUAUGUCAUGUCGCUACUUGUUUCCGCCGAUGUAAUUAAGUAAGCUAGGUUGGUUCCCCUCUUA